AUGGCCGACUACGUCAACAAACAGGUGAUUGAAUUAAAAGAAGUUAAUCAAGAAAACCAGAACAGAUUAACGAGGAGCGUGAAGACUGAGACACAUCGCUCAGAUGAAAGAACAAGACUCUACAGGCUGGCUGCUGGGUGUUUAGGAGUGCUGUGUGUUCUACAAGUCACUCUCAACAUCUCCCUGAGGCUGGCUUUCUGUACUGAAAGAGUGGUGGAAGGGAGUGGCAUGGCAGUCCAAACGAUGAGGACUGUGUUAAAGUGUCCUAAACGAUGGAGGAUGUUGGAAUCCAGCUGUUACUUCCUGUCUACUGAGAGGAAAACCUGGGAGGAGAGCAAACUGGAUUGUCUGGCGAGAGGAGCAGACCUGGUGAUCAUAAACAGCAGACAGGAACAGAAGUUGUUGUACCAGCUGGAUGGUGAUGCAGAUCUCCUGGUCUGGAUUGGUCUGACUGACUCCGUUAAUGAGGGGACCUGGAAAUGGGUGGACGGCACACCACUGACCACAUCGUACUGGAAGCGUGGUAAGCCGGACCAUGGUGGUACCAACAACAAGGAUUGUGUCGAGGUCUACCAUCGGGACAACGUUUUGGCCAACUGGAACGAUGCACCAUGCAACCACAUGCUGCAUUGGAUCUGUGAGAAAUUACAGAAAUAGCUACAUAUAGGUCAAAUCCACAUCUUGUUUAAAUGUGUUUAUUUUAUUGUUGCACAUUAACAUUUUCCCUAAGAUUGUGUAAUUAACUGAGCACAUGCAUUUGCAUGGUACAUGAUAUUAUCUUUCUGUCUUUCAGCUGUAAUUCCUUUUUGGCAAUAUAUUAUUGGCCUUUUGGAUCAGUCACAAUACUGUAUUGUUUUCUGCUUUGUCCUUUUCCCUCUAAACAGUUUAUCCAUAUUACUUCUAUGAAAUGGUAUUGUACCAUCUACUCCGCUGUGAGAUAUAUUUUCAUCUGUUUCAAUCUGGUGUCCAAAGCGGAAAGUAAAAUACCAUAAGACAGAUCUACCACUUCCUAGACCGCUUAUGUUGCUUAUGCCUUGAAUCGGCCCGACACACACAAACACACGUACUCAAUCAGACACGCACACAAGCAUGCACGCACGCAUUUAAACCUCAGUAAAGUUUCAGUUUUAUAGCAGCAUCUAUGCCAGGGUUGCCCAAUCAUUUUCCUGGAGAGCCUUCAAACUCAACUCUGGAUGUCGAAGCCAGUUCCACUGCAAUUUUUCAUUGCUCCCUUCUAAUUAGGGACUGAUUUAGACCUGGCACACCAGGUGGGUGCAAUUAAUUAUCAGGUAGAAAAGAAAACCAGCAGACUCUGGAUCUCGUAAGGGUAAGAAUUGAAUACCCCUGCUGUGGAGCAGAGCUCUCCAACCCUAAUCCUGUAGAAGUACCGUCCUGUAGGUUCACACUCCAACCCUAAUCCUGAAGAGCUACCGUCCUGUAGGUUCACACUCCAACCCUAAUCCUGUAGACGUACCGUCCUGUAGGUUCUCACUCCAACCCUGUU